AUGGCUGCGAACAUGAGCGUCUGUUUCACCUGCCGGGGGGUGGAGGCGGGGGGAGGAAGCUGGCUGGCAGAAGAAGCUGGCUGGCAGAAGAAGCUGGCUGGCAGAAGAAGCUGGCUGGCAGAAGAAGCUGGCUGGCAGAAGAAGCUGGCUGGCAGAAGAAGCUGGCUGGCAGAGGAAGCUGGCUGGCAGAAGAAGCUGGCUGGCAGAAGAAGCUGGCUGGCAGAGGAAGCUGGUUGGCAGAAGAAGCUGGCUGGCAGAAGAAGCUGGCUGGCAGAAGAAGCUGGCUGGCAGAAGAAGCUGGCUGGCAGAAGAAGCUGGCUGGCAGAGGAAGCUGGCUGGCAGAAGAAGCUGGCUGGCAGAAGAAGCUGGCUGGCAGAAGAAGCUGGCUGGCAGAAGAAGCUGGCUGGCAGAAGAAGCUGGCUGGCAGAAGAAGCUGGCUGGCAGAAGAAGCUGGCUGGCAGAAGAAGCUGGCUGGCAGAAGAAGCUGGCUGGCAGAAGAAGCUGGCUGGCAGAAGAAGCUGGCUGGCAGAAGAAGCUGGCUGGCAGAAGAAGCUGGCUGGCAGAAGAAGCUGGCUGGCAGAAGAAGCUGGCUGGCAGAAGAAGCUGGCUGGCAGAAGAAGCCGGCUGGCAGAAGAAGCUGGCUGGCAGAAGAAGCCUGGCUGGCAGAAGAAGCUGGCUGGCAGAAGAAGCUGGCUGGCAGAAGAAGCUGGCUGGCAAGAAGAAGCUGGCUGGCAGAAGAAGCUGGCUGGCAGAAGAAGCUGGCUGGCAGAAGAAGCUGGCUGGCAGAAGAAGCUGGCUGGCAGAAGAAGCUGGCUGGCAGAAGAAGCUGGCUGGCAGAAGAAGCUGGCUGGCAGAAGAAGCUGGCUGGCAGAAGAAGCUGGCUGGCAGAAGAAGCUGGCUGGCAGAAGAAGCUGGCUGGCAGAAGAAGCUGGCUGGCAGAAGGAAGCUGGCUGGCAGAAGAAGCUGGCUGGCAGAAGAAGCUGGCUGGCAGAAGAAGCUGGCUGGCAGAAGAAGCUGGCUGGCAGAAGAAGCUGGCUGGCAGAAGAAGCUGGCUGGCAGAAGAAGCUGGCUGGCAGAAGAAGCUGGCUGGCAGAAGAAGCUGGCUGGCAGAAGAAGCUGGCUGGCAGAAGAAGCUGGCUGGCAGAAGAAGCUGGCUGGCAGAAGAAGCUGGCUGGCAGAAGAAGCUGGCUGGCAGAAGAAGCUGGCUGGCAGAAGAAGCUGGCUGGCAGAAGAAGCUGGCUGGCAGAAGAAGCUGGCUGGCAGAAGAAGCUGGCUGGCAGAGGAAGCUGGCUGGCAGAAGAAGCUGGCUGGCAGAAGAAGCUGGCUGGCAGAAGAAGCUGGCUGGCAGAAGAAGCUGGCUGGCAGAAGAAGCUGGCUGGCAGAAGAAGCUGGCUGGCAGAAGAAGCUGGCUGGCAGAAGAAGCUGGCUGGCAGAAGAAGCUGGCUGGCAGAAGAAGCUGGCUGGCAGAAGAAGCUGGCUGGCAGAAGAAGCUGGCUGGCAGAAGAAGCUGGCUGGCAGAAGAAGCUGGCUGGCAGAAGAAGCUGGCUGGCAGAAGAAGCUGGCUGGCAGAAGAAGCUGGCUGGCAGAAGAAGCUGGCUGCCAGAAGAAGCUGGCUGGCAGAAGAAGCUGGCUGGCAGAGGAAGCUGGCUCGCAGCUCACCCACGGACCAUGAAGUGA